UCUCCCGGCGUCUGGGCGAGCCGGGCGGCUCGUGGUGUUUCUAACCCAGUUCGUGGAUUCAAACGUGGCUCCCCGCCGAGCGCGGCCGGCGACUUGUAGGACCCCAGCCCUGGCCGCGGCCGCCGCGCAAGCCCUCGGAAGACUCGGCGGGGUGGGGGCGCGGGGGUCUGCGUGUGCGCCGCGGGAGGGCCCAAGGCUGAUUUGGAAGGGCGUCCCCGGAGAACCAGUCUGGGAUUUACUGUGAACAGCAUGGAGGAGAAGGACCCCACGCCCGGCGAAGCGGCGGCGGCGGUGGAGGGACAGCGGCAGCCGGAAUCCAGCCCCGGCGGCGGCUCGGGCGGCAGCGGCGGCGGUAGCAGCCCGGGCGAAGCGGACACCGGGCGCCGGCGGGCUCUGAUGCUGCCCGCGGUCCUGCAGGCGCCCGGCAACCACCAGCACCCGCACCGCAUCACCAACUUCUUCAUCGACAACAUCCUGCGGCCCGAAUUCGGCCGGCGAAAGGACGCGGGGGCCUGCUGUGCGGGUGCGGGAGGAGGAAGGGGCGGCGGAGCCGGCGGCGAAGGCGGCGCGAGCGGUGCAGAGGGAGGCGGCGGCGCCGGCGGCUCGGAGCAGCUCUUGGGGUCCGGCUCCCAAGAGCCCCGGCAGAACCCGCCGUGUGCGCCCGGCUCGGGCGGGCCGCUCCCAGCCGCCGGCAGCGACUCUCCGGGUGACGGGGAAGGCGGCUCCAAGACGCUCUCGCUGCACGGUGGCGCCAAGAAAGGCAGCGACCCCAGCGGCCCCCUGGACGGGGCGCUCAAGGCCCGCGGCUUGGGCGGCGGCGACCUGUCGGUGAGCUCGGACUCGGACAGCUCGCAAGCCGGCGCCAACCUGGGCGCGCAGCCCAUGCUCUGGCCAGCGUGGGUCUACUGUACGCGCUACUCGGACCGGCCUUCUUCAGGUCCCAGGUCUCGAAAACCAAAGAAGAAGAACCCGAACAAAGAGGACAAGCGGCCGCGCACGGCCUUUACCGCGGAGCAGCUGCAGAGGCUCAAGGCCGAGUUCCAGACCAACAGGUACCUGACAGAGCAGCGGCGCCAGAGCCUGGCGCAGGAGCUCAGCCUCAACGAGUCACAGAUCAAGAUUUGGUUCCAGAACAAGCGCGCCAAGAUCAAGAAGGCCACGGGCAACAAGAACACGCUGGCCGUGCACCUCAUGGCACAGGGCUUGUACAACCACUCCACCACAGCCAAGGAGGGCAAGUCGGACAGCGAGUAGGCGGGGGGCAUGGAGGCCAGGUCUCAGUCCGCGCUAAACAAUGCAAUAAUUUAAAAUCAUAAAGGGCCAGUGUAUAAAGAUUAUACCAGCAUUAAUAGUGAAAAUAUCGUGUAUUAGCUAAGGUUCUGCAAUAUUCUAUGUAUAUAUAAUUUACAAGUGGUAUAAAAUCCAAAAUAUCUGACUAUAAAAUAUUUUUGUUUUUUGUGUUUAUGAGAUUAUGCUAAUUUUAUGGGUUUUUUUUUCUUUUUUUGCGAAGGGGGCUGCUUAGGGUUUCAUCUUUUUUUAAUCCCCUAAGCUACAUUAUAUGACAUUGGACACUUUUUUAUUAUUUCAAAAGAAGAAAAAAUUAAAACAACUUGCUGAAGUCCAAAGAUUUUUUAUUGCUGCAUUUCACACAACUGUGAACCGAAUAAAUAGCUCCUAUUUGGUCUAUGACUUCUGCCACUUUGUUUGUGUUGGCUUGGUGAGGACACCAGGAGGGGCCCACACCUCAAGCCUGGGCCAGACACCUCAAGACCUUGGGGAGCUUAGGGGACCUGGUGGGGGAGAGGGGACUUCCAGGGUCCUUGGACCAGUUCUGGGAUUUGGCCCUGGGAAGCAGCCGAGCGUAUCCCAGGCCUGCCCUGGGAAGUCAGCUCCAUGCUCACCAGCAGCCACCCAGGCCCGCAGCCUCACCCAGCUCCCUCUCCUCACCCUCCUGCCGUCUAACUCCCUCUCCUCCUUCUCCUUUCUCCUCCUCCUCCUCCUUCCUCCUCCUCCCUCCUCUUUCCUCCUGCUCCUCCUUUCUUCUUUUUCUUCUUCUUCUUCUCCUCCUCCUCCCUCCUCCUCAUUCCUUCCUCCUCCUCUUUUCUCCUCCUCCUCCUCACCAAGGCCCAACCAUGUGCGUACAUCGUCUGCGUCUGUGGUCUGCGUCGCUGUCGCCAGUCCCGCUGCAUCCCUGCCGCAGGCCGAACCCUCAUGCCCUGGGCACUGCCUCCAUGCAGAAGCCUUCGAGGUUCUGGGGCUAAAGGCCUGGGGCAUGUGGCCUAAAGCCCGAGAGCGGUGGGGCGACCCUCCUUUUGGCUUGACCCCAGGAAUUUCCUGUGGCUCCAUCAGCCACCCUGGGCGCCAGCCAGGGUCCCAGAAAUGAGGCCAUGGCUCGCUGUUUCUGGGCACGCAGAAGGCUCUGUAGAGGGAGAUGGUAUCAUCUUCGUUUCCUUUUUCUUCCCUUUUUUUUUUUUUUUUUUCAUUUUUUCCUUUAUUUUUUUCUUUUCUUGGAGUGGCUGCUUCUGCUAUAGAGAACAUUCUUCCAAGAUAAAUAUGUGUGUUUACACAUAUGUCUGUACGCAUGUGAACACACACACACCAGACGUGUUUGAGUCUACAGUUCUGGAACGUGUGGCUAUCUUGUCUUUCAAAAGAACUCAGAAUCCUCCAGGAUCUAGAGGAAGGAAGAAAAUGUGUAAAUAAUCAUUUCUUAUCACUUUUUGUCUUUUCUUGUUUUCUAAAAUAUACAUUUUAUUUUUGAAGGUGUGGUACAGUGUAAAUUAAAUAUAUUCCAUAUAUUUCCCACCAAGUACCUAUAUAUAUAUAAACAAACACAUUAUAUAUAACUCCACACUGUCUUCUGUUUAGUGUAUGGGGAAAGACCAGUCCGACUGUCCAUCUGUGGCUGGGACAGCACAGGGGGUGUGCCCAUGGCUGAGCUGGGAGUCCCAGUGGUCUCCCUGAGGACUGAGGGUGAACUUCUCUCUUUGCCUUAAACCUCUUUAUUUCAUCGCAGUAAUAGUUUUACUUUGUACAUAAUAGCGUAAACCUUUUUAAAAAGGAAAGUAUAAAAACAAAAGUUGUAAUUUAAAAGUCUGUGAAUAACCAUCUGCUGCUUAGGAAACUCAAUGAAAUGACAUGCCUUUUUAGCAGGAAGCAAAGUUGGUUUCUGUUUUUGUUUUCUUUUGUUGUUCUAGUUUAUAAAACAUGUGCAUUUUACAGUUCCAGUAUCAAAUAUUUAUAAUCUUAUGAGAAAUGAAUGAAUGUUUCUAUUUACAACUGUGGUUAUCAAAAUUGUGAACACCCCCCCCCCUGCAUUUUUGUGUGUUUAAAUUCUUGAAGGUUACAUUAAAUAAAACAAAACCUCUUUAUUAUAAAAUA